AUGUCGUCUCGUAACGCUCCAAGCGGGUGCGUUGCGCCCUCCCCAGCCACUGCUGCUCCGCCUUCGCCCACGAAUCUGCGACUAACUGUUGGGCAAUCGGGCAGUGAGUCGGCCAAUGAACCAGGCGGUGACCUAGAGGAACGAAUUCUCCAGGACGGAUAUUGGGAAUACGGUCGAUUCUAUGGCAGCUGGAAGAAAGGGAAAUACAAUUUUCCAAUUGAUAAGGAGGAGACAAGUAGGCUGGAUAUUCUUCACAAAUACUUCAUCGUAGAAUUAGAAGAUCGCGUUACUUCUGUUCCCCUAGAUAAAGAAGGAUCACCCAAAAUCAUGGAUCUUGGUACGGGCACAGGUAUUUGGGCCUUCCAUGUUGUGGAAGGUUACAUUCCCAAUGCCCAGAUCAUGGCCGUUGAUCUCAAUCAAAUUCAGCCAGCUCUCAUUCCUCGAGGUGUAACCACAAAGCAAUUUGACCUUGAGGAGCCUUCAUGGGAACCGCUCCUCCGCGACUGCGACUUGAUCCAUAUUCGGCUUCUCUACGGCAGUAUCAGAGAUGAUCUGUGGGCCGAUACUUACCGCAAAAUCUUCGAGCACUCGGCCCCUGGAGGCUACAUCGAGCAUCUGGAAAUAGACUGGACACCGCAAUGGGAUGGCGAGGAUCGUCCUACACAUUCGGCUAUUCGUGAAUGGUCCCAGCAAUUUCACCGCGCUAUGCAUCGAUACCGCCGCAGCGUCAAAGUAUCAACCGAAGACACCAAGCGCAUGAUGGAAGCAGCUGGCUUCACCGAGUUUAAAGAGACUACGAUCCGGUGCUAUUUGAACCCGUGGUCUACUGAUCGCCACCAGCGAGAGGCCGCUCGCUGGUUCAAUCUAGCCUUGGGCCUGGGCCUUGAGGCAAUGAGCCUGAUGCCCAUGAUUGACAUGCUGCAUAUGAAGCAAGAGGAUGUUGUAGACCUCUGUAAACGAGUCAAGGCCGAAACUUGCGUUUUGCGCUACCAUACUUACUUUACUCUACACACCUGGACGGCCAAGAAACCCGCUAGCCCGCCCCAAUAA